CCUGGAGCGAUCUGCUUUGCCCAGACCCCCGCAUCGUCCGCCCAGCACCGUUCGUUGGCCUGCAUCCAUCUCGAUCUGAUCGACUCGUCGCCAGACCAGUCCGUAGCCGAUUCCUCGAACUCGAUACCAGACCCGCCGCCAAACAUCCGCGCCACUGCCAGAGAUGGAAGAGUCUGCGUCGUCCUCGAAGCUGGAUCGCCCCGAGCUGUCGCUCGACAAGUCGUCGGAGCAGGGCUUUUGCUCAUUCUUUACUUCGCUGCCUGAUAAAGCCGAGAACACUGUCAGGCUGUUCGAGCGCAACAACGGGGACUACUAUUCUGUCCACGGCGACGAUGCACACUUUGUCGCCCAAACGAUCUACAAAACCAGCUCGGUCAUCAAAUAUCUUGGAGGUGGAGACGGGCUCCCGAGCUGCACCAUGUCCAAGCUUACGGCUAACGUGCUGUUGAAGGACCUGCUCCUCGCCAAGCUCUAUCGAGUCGAGAUCUGGGGCAACACUGAGGCCAGAAAGGGCGGCUCCUGGAAGAUUGUCAAGCGGGCCUCGCCUGGAAAUCUGCAGGACAUUGAGGACAUGCUCUUCUCCAGCAGCGAGAUUUCGUCCUCUCCGGUUGUCAUGGCAGUCAAAAUCGAAAUCACGACCGAUCAAAAGCUCGUCGGAAUAGCUUACACGGACGCCACCACAAUGCUCACCCUCGGCGUGGCCCAGUUCAUCGACAACGACACGUUUUCAAACCUGGAGGCCCUGCUGAUCCAGCUGAGUGUCAAAGAGUGUCUCAUCGCCGACGAGCCCUCGAGCUACCACAGCAAGAAAGUCAAUGCCAUCCUGGAGCGAUGCGGCAUCAUUGCGACUCUUCGAAAGAGAGGCGAUUUCCUCGGCAAGGAUGUGGAGCAGGACCUGAACCGUCUCUUGUGUGAAGAAACAAACGUGGCAGCUCGACCCGAGUUUGAGCUCAAGGUUGCAAUGGCCUCUGCUGGAUGCUUGAUCAAGUAUCUCAGUCUGAUGAGCGACCCAGGCAACUUUGGCCAAUACAACCUGGAGCACCACGACCUGUCGCAGUACAUGAGGCUGGAUGGAUCCGCCGUCAAAGCUCUCAACAUCAUGCCCGGCCCUCACGAUGGGUCCAACAAGAACAUGAGCCUUCUCGGACUCCUCAACAAAUGCAAGACAGCCCAGGGCUCUCGUCUGCUCGCCCAGUGGCUGAAGCAGCCGCUCAUGAACCUCGAAGACAUCCACCACCGACACGAUAUUGUCGAGUACCUGAUCAACAACACCGAGCUUCGGCAGUCCCUGCAGGAGAGUCUCAAGAGCUUCCCAGAUCUUCACCGUCUUGCCCGCCGACUCCACCGCGGCAACGCCAGCCUGCAGGACGUGGUGAGAAUCUACCAGGUCAUCGUCAGUCUCGAGAAGCUCAAGGACGAGCUCGAAACCCAGUGCUUCGGCGACGAUCCCCAGACCGAGCUGAUCAACAGCACCUACACCGAGCGUAUCAAGGAGCUUCUGGGGCACAUCAUCAGGCUCAAAACCCUGAUCGAGUCUGCUGUCGAUCUCCAAGCCGCCGACAGCCACUCGUAUAUGAUCCGGCCCAGUUUCGAGGGGGCGCUGCAAGAGAUGCGCGAUAAAAUGGACCAUGUUUCGGACAACAUUUUUCCUGAGGUCACGAGGGUCGCUGAUGAUUUGGGCAUGGAGCUGGACAAGAAACUCAAGUUUGAGCAGAGCAGCCAGUACGGCCAUCAUCUGCGGCUUUCGAGAAACGACGCCAGCUCCAUCCGCGGCUCGCGCUCCUAUAUCGAACUGUCGACACAAAAGGCCGGUGUGCUCUUCACAACCCCGACACUCAAGAAGCUGAGCGCAGACUAUUACAGCUACCUCGAGCAGUACGAGACGCUCCAGCAGGAAGUUGUGAAGAAGCUGAUCGAAGUUACAGUCACAUACAACUCGGUGCUCGAGCACCUGAACCAGCUCGUGGCCCAUCUCGAUGUGUUGCUCAGCUUUGCCCAUGUGUCGCUGCACGCGCCGACCCCAUAUACUCGUCCCAAGCUCACGCCUACAGGCGAAGGCAACAUCAAGCUGCUGGCAUCGCGCCACCCAUGUCUGGAAAUGCAGGAUGGUGUAUCGUUCAUUGCGAACGAUGUUGUCCUGGAGCGAGGCACAAGCGAGUUUCAGAUCAUCACUGGACCCAACAUGGGCGGCAAGUCGACGUACAUUCGACAGAUUGGCGUCACGGCCUUGAUGGCCCAGAUCGGCUGCUUUGUGCCGUGUGACUCGGCCAGCCUCUGCUUGUUUGACUCGAUCUUGGCCCGAGUCGGCGCCGGUGACAGCCAACUCAAGGGCGUGUCGACGUUCAUGGCGGAAAUGCUCGAGACUUCGUCCAUUCUGAAGGCCGCAUCAUCCAACUCGCUGAUCAUCAUUGACGAGUUGGGCAGAGGCACGUCGACCUACGACGGCUUUGGGUUGGCCUGGGCCAUCUCAUGGCACAUUGCCACGAAGCUGCGCUGCUUCUGCCUCUUUGCGACCCACUUUCACGAGCUGACGGCGCUCGCCGAGAAAGUCCCGAGCGUCAAGAACAAGCACGUCCAGGCAGUGACGGACGAAAACAGCAUCACCCUCCUCUACCGGGUGCUCGAUGGGUUCUGCGACCAGAGCUUUGGCAUCCACGUCGCGGAGCUGGCAAAGUUCCCCGAGUCGGUUGUGAAGCUCGCCAAGCGCAAGGCCGCUGAGCUCGAGAACUUUUCAAGCGACGGCGAAGAUCUCGGUCGCCCAUGGAAGUGCUCCAAGGAAGAUAUUGAGCACGGCAACGACCUGAUCGAGCGGUUUCUCGGCGAUCUGGCUCGCACACCGGGCUUUGACAAGCUUGGCGACAGCGAGGCCAAUGCGGUGGUUGAUGGCCUGCUGGACAAGUAUGGGCCCGAGCUCAAGGAAAGCGCGUUCGUCCAGGAGAUCAUGGCCGAACUGUCGAGCAGAGAGCAGCGCUGAGGAUGGGCCGGGGUUCCUGGCGCGGCAGCUUGGCCGAGACUGAACAGAGAUCCCAACGACUGCAAGAUGCAUCGCGA